AUGCAGCUCCAAAGUAUUUUUGAUGAGGAAACUAAGCUAAUUUAUCGAUGUAAGAAAUGCCGUCAAAUUGUUGCUUCACAAAAGAGUAUAGUUUCACAUGAGCAAGGUAAGGGAGAGGAAAGCUUUGGAUGGAGAAAGAAGAAGGGUGAGUCCAAUUCGUUGCCUGAAUGCUCUGCCAUAUUUGUCGAGCCUUUGAAGUGGAUGCAAACAGUUCAAGAAGGAUAUGUUUGGGAGAAGCUCUAUUGCAUGGGGUGCAAGUCUCGAUUAGGUUCUUUCAACUGGACUGGCAUGCAAUGUAGCUGUGGUGCUUGGGUUAAUCCUGCUUUUCAGAUUCAGAAAAGCCGAAUUGAUGAAUGCCGAAUAUGAGUUGUGUUCAUAAGCUAUGUAGUUGAUUCUUUGAUUUAGUUGAACAUAAUUGCUUUGAAGCAUGUUUGAUGUGCCUAUUGGAUAUGCUUCGUAUAUAUGUGUAGGCUUUCAGUGAUGCGCUCUGCUGAUAUGAUGUAAAUGCUACCACCAAUGUUUCUCGUAUAUUUAUUAUUCUUAUUGUACUUAAUACUUCAUAAGAUUCAAAUUCUGCGACUCUACUUCCUAUUAGUCGUGCUCAUUUUCUACUUGAUGACUACGACAACAUAUUGAGAUGGUGCCUAUGGUAACUCCAAAUGGAAACCAUUUGUGUCAUGACUUUUAGGAGUCUUUUGUCAAAAAAAAAAAAAAAAAAAAAGGGGUCUUUUUGCCAAGAAACAAGAAAGUAUGCGAAAGGACGUUGAGCGUGCUUUUGGGGUAUUACAGGCUCUCUUUGCAAUAAUAAGAAAUUCCGCUUUUGCUCGUGAUGCAUCAAUGUUGGAAAAAAUUAUGAUAUCUUGCAUUAUUAUGGACAACAUGAUCGUUGAGGAUGAACGAGAUACAUAUACAACAUAUUAUGAUCCGACUGAAUAUGAUCAAGCAUCACCUCCAUCUUCAAGCAGCAGAAAUAAUAAUGAACCCUUUCAAUAUUAAAAUAGUAAAAAUCGAAUUGCAAGUUUGGAUAAUUACAUGUCUAAUAGAGCUCGUGAUCGUGAUGAAGAUAUGCAUAGAGCCCUAAAAUCGGAUUUAGUGGAACAUUUGUGGCUCAAGUUUGGGGGUAAUAAUAGGCAUAAUAAUCGACAGUAAUGUAUUAUUCCAAUUUUAGCUAUCUUUAUUUAAAUAUCAUGCUAAAUUUUUUUUAAAGAAAUGUUCUAUGUAUUGGUGUAUUUUUAAGAUUUAUUAUCGUAUUGUCAAAUAAUAUGUUAUCGUAUCAUCUUAUCAUUUUUUUUACUUAGUUAACGAUUAUUAGAUCACAAUUUACAUUAAUAAUGAAUAAUUAUUAACUAUGUUUAAUUAAUGUUGAUUAAAUAAUGUAAUAAUUUAUUAUUAAUUAUUUAAUUCAUAUAGUUAUGGUGGGGUAGAGUAAAAGUAAGAAAGAGGAAAUCUGGACUUCUCAAAAAAAAAAAAAAAAAAAAAA